AUGUCUUCCAACACGACCCACAUCUGCGUCGUCGGUUCGCUGAAUAUCGACUUUGCGGUAUCAACAUCCCGGUGUCCCGGGCCAGGGGAGACCUUGACAGCAAAUUCACUCUCCGUGACUGCCGGUGGAAAGGGUGCAAACCAGGCCGUCGCAUGCGGUCGAGCAUCGCUCACUUCCAGUGAUGCCUCAAAAGUCACUGUGAGCAUGAUUGGCGCUGUGGGCGCCGACGACGUCUACUAUGCAACACUGAUCCGACCGACGCUAGAGGAUUCCGGUGUAGAUACAAAGUAUAUUGAAGAGAAAACAGACAGCCGCACUGGAUCGGCGACAAUCAUCGUUGAAGAUUCAGCGCAUGGCGAAAACAGGAUCCUGGUGGUGCCGGGGGCGAACCAUGCCGGAAUGGACGACGCUCAGAAGAUCCUCGCCACGAUCCAAUCAUACCCUCAAGCCCCGGCUUUGGUUGUUCUACAAGGCGAGAUCCCCAGACACACGACUCUGGACUUGAUGAAGCAUUUCAACCAGCCAGGGAACCCGACACAUAUCCUGUUCAAUCCGGCCCCGGUCUUCGCAGAUGGCGUCCCGGUUGAUGCGCUCUCCAACACCUCUGUUCUGGUCAUGAACGAGACCGAAGCGGUGCAAAUGCAGGCAUCCAUCUCACCAGAUUCAGCAAUCGGCACGCAGACGACAGACGAACUGAAGCCGGAAGACCUGGCGAGGCGGUUCCAUGCUCUCGCCAACGUCAAGAUCGUCCUCAUUACCCUUGGGGCAAAGGGUGUGUUCUUCUCGACUUGCACCGGCAGAAAGGGCCUCGUCGAUGGAGUCCGCGUACCGAAAGUGGUAGACACGACGGCCGCUGGCGACACCUUUGUCGGCUAUUUCGCCGCGGCAUUUGCUGAUUUCAUCGCGACAUCGGCGCCGCUGGAAGAAUUUGAUAAUGCCAUUGAGCAGGCUGUGCGACGGGCAAAUUGUGCCGCGGCGUUAUGUGUACAGAGGCCUGGUGCAAUGCAGAGCAUUCCAACGGCCGUGGAAGUCGAUGGUUUGGACAGUCGCUAG